AAAGCGGAAACUAACACACCAUUGUAAAGCAAUUAUACUCCAAUAAAGAUGUUAAAAAAAAAAGAUUCCAUUUCUGGGAGAGCUGAAACGAAUGAAGUUGUCUCCUUUUGGUGAUGUGGAGCUUAGCAUAAGCAACUCCAUUUUGGGCCUCUGUCUUGUUUUUAACAAUAGAUAACUCAGACUUAAUUGCUAUUGUUAAUUUAUUACUGAUAUUUUCCAAGUGUGAAAAGUCUGAUGAGGUCCACAGUAUGAAUAGUACUACUGAUAAGAGAAUUUCACUCUUACUGUGCAAAAAACAAAGACAAAAAAAAAAAAGCCUCCUUCCCCCUAGCCCUCCCAACCGCAGCCAGAUAGAUAAUGGCACAGGUACAGAGCCCUGAGUUUCCACAGAUUCAACCACAGGAAGGAGUGAGGGUGGGGAACCAUCCAAAUCCAGCCCUCAGCUAAAGCAAAUAAUAAUGGCGAAAAGCUUUAAAUAGAUCCAGGGAGGAGCUCAUUUUCGGGGCAUAAGAAGCAGUGCAGCACUUCAGGUAUGCCUUGUUUCAGAAAUUGCUUUGGUUUGUUUUUACUUCCUUCUAUUCUGUUGGAACAGAAAAUACAGACCUUUUAUGAACGUAUUCACCACGUCUGACGAUGAACUCAUUUAGACCAGCCAAAAUAAUUGUCCGACAGGGACACAGGACUUCAACCUCAGUUCAGAAAAUCCCUGACAUCUGACGUAGGAGGAUUUAUAGGUUUAGUGGAAAUUGCUUUUUCUCCUGCCCUCCAGAUUACAGACUGUGGGUUGAUUUUUUUUUUUUUUUUUUGCAUGAGUAAACAUCUUUCUAAUAAUGAACAGAACAAUAAUGUGUUAAGAGAGAAAAAGAACAUCCUUUUCCUUUUUUGCUGUUUCUUGAGAGAACUGUUUGGAUUUGGAAACGCAUGCUGGCUGUCCAGAACAUGAAAGUUGGCCUUUUCCUUUUGUGGUGGCCAUGGGCUUUGGCUACUGAAAGCAGAGUGCACUGGCGAAAAAGAGACGUACAGGAGAUGUCGAAGAAAGGCAGUGAAACUGGAAAAAAGUAGGAGAUCUAAGAAUAUAUAUUUGUAUUUACUUGUACCUACAAGAUACUCUGGACAGAUAGACCAGAAACCAAUAAGAGAGCCCAGUUCUUAAACGCAGCCCUGAUAUUACCAAAUCGCCACUGACAAAGUCAGAACAGCUCCUGAGGAUAGAUGACCACGAUUUCAGCAUGAGGCCUGGCUUUGGAGGCCCGGCCAUUCCUGUUGGCGUGGAUGUGCAGGUGGAGAGCUUGGACAGCAUCUCAGAGGUCGACAUGGACUUCACGAUGACCCUCUACCUGCGGCACUACUGGAAGGACGAGAGGCUGUCCUUCCCGAGCACCAAAAACCUCAGCAUGACGUUUGACGGCCGGCUGGUGAAGAAGAUCUGGGUCCCCGACAUGUUUUUCGUGCACUCCAAGCGCUCCUUCAUGCACGACACCACCACGGACAACGUGAUGCUGCGGGUCCAGCCCGACGGCAAAGUGCUCUACAGCCUCAGGGUUACAGUGACUGCCAUGUGCAACAUGGACUUCAGCCGGUUUCCCCUGGACACACAAACGUGCUCGCUCGAAAUUGAGAGCUAUGCCUACACGGAAGACGACCUCAUGCUAUACUGGAAGAAAGGCAAUGACUCUUUAAAGACAGAUGAGCGGAUCUCACUCUCCCAGUUCCUCAUCCAGGAGUUCCACACCACCACCAAACUGGCCUUCUACAGCAGCACAGGCUGGUACAACCGUCUCUACAUUAACUUCACGUUGCGUCGCCACAUCUUCUUCUUCUUGCUGCAAACCUACUUUCCCGCCACCCUGAUGGUCAUGCUGUCCUGGGUGUCCUUCUGGAUCGACCGCAGAGCUGUGCCCGCCAGAGUCCCUUUAGGGAUCACCACGGUGCUGACCAUGUCCACCAUCAUCACGGGUGUGAACGCCUCCAUGCCCCGCGUGUCCUACAUCAAGGCCGUGGACAUCUACCUCUGGGUCAGCUUCGUGUUCGUGUUCCUCUCGGUGCUGGAGUACGCGGCCGUCAACUACCUGACCACCGUGCAGGAGAGGAAAGAGCGGAAGCCGCAGGAGAAGCUUCCCUGCACCUGCGGGUUGCCUCAGCCACACGCGGUCCUGCUGGACGGCAGCUACAGUGAUGGGGAGGUGAAUGACCUGGGCAACUACACGCCCGAGAACGGAGACAAGCCAGACAGGAUGAUGGUGCAGCUGACGCUGGCCUCGGACAGGAGCUCCCCACAGAGGAAAAGCCAGAGGAGCAGCUACGUGAGCAUGAAGAUUGACACUCAUGCCAUUGAUAAAUACUCCAGAAUCAUUUUUCCAGCUGCAUACAUCUUAUUCAAUUUAAUAUACUGGUCGAUUUUCUCAUAAAUGCCUGUAAUUCUAUAAAUUUCACAUUCUUCUAUCUGUACUACAGAAAUACCUGAAUGAUGAAAAAUAACUUAAGGUUAUGAUGAAAAGAAAGUUCACAGCACCCACCCUUCUCCAUCUUUCCAAAACUACUGACAAGACACUUACUGGUUUAAUUUGCACUUACUGACCACCUAUUGUGUACACAGCAUUAUACUCAGUGCUGCAGGUAUAAACACCCAUAGCAACUGAUGAUAGUUGUUACCGAGAUCCCCUAGAAAAGCACGCUGCCAGUGAGGUGGGCACACUGUGGUUCAACCUCUUUUAGACCCUAAAUGCUUAUUCAUACGAACCAUGUCCCUUACGUGAGUGUCAUUCUAUUCUCUGGACCAGGUGGAACUGGGAAGCACCUAAAGUUCAUUUACAUAGAACAUACAUGCACCUAAACCCCACUUCGAUCAAAAUUCAUACUUCAGUUUAUAGCCUCUUACCUAUUUUAUAUGCAUCUCCUCAUGUUGAUUUCAAUACAAGGCAAUAAUAAUAUUCCUCCUUUUAUUUACCUCUUGUGGUUCCUGAGGUUUUACCUCUUCACCAGAAAAGCUCUUUUGACUGGGUGCAAUGGCUUCUGAUUUGGGUAGGAAAUUUCCCUGGUAGGGAAACUUUGAAGAAGAGGGUAUAUGCAUGCAUUUUGUCCGUUUUGUCAUAGAGGUAACUAGCCUAGAAAACGUGUGUGUAAGUGUUCCCUGUUUAAUAGUUGCUGCUUCAUGGAUCUCCACCUUGGAGCAUGUCCAAGUUCAAAGUGAAGUCAGUAAUGUGAUAUCUUCACUGAGGAACUUGGGAAUAGACUGAUUUUUUUUCUGCAUAAACUUUUCAAGGAAAUGCAUAAUUUGGGACUACCUGUAACUCUUUAGGAUGAGAAAUACACGGUUUCUGAAUUUUGAAAAAAGAAACGGGAGCACAUCACUGGUCAUCUCCAUUUAUACUCAGUGAAUACCAGCAUUUUCUGUGAACCAGAAAACAAUGGCCACUGAUGUAAGAGCAUGGGAUAAAGGAGAGUGUUCUAUUAUUUAAAAAACAAAUAGCUAUUCAUACCAUAUAUCUACAAGAUCAACCCCUACCAAACUUAUCCCAACAGCAUUUGUUUGAAACUCAACUAAAUUCUGUACACAGUAAUGCCAUUUUUAUUCCAAAGUUAAUUUGAUCCCUAUACUAAAUAAUAUCAUGUUAUUUCUUAAUGAGGGCUAUACUUUAAUCUUUAAAAAGACCCAAAUUUGCAGAAAGCCUAAUUACAAGGCACUCUCCCAUUUCUUCCAAUAAAAGCUCAUCAAAAAAAAAAAAAGAUUUUUUAGCAAACUCUAGUAGAAAAACGUAAAGGAAUAUAGAUGAAAUAGUUGAACGUCAACUUUUAGUAUUAAAAAAUAUUUUUAGAACAUUACCUUUUUCAUGCUUAUUUUAUGAAACAAUUUCAAUCAAACUUCACAAACAUCUUUGCCACUUGCUUUGUCCUUAUGAGCAAGGCCACUUUAAACCAUCUGGCAGGUUUCUGGGGCACAUAAUCUGAACUUCCAUCUACCCCAUUUGGGAAACUCCACCAUUUGAAUCAACAUAUAGGAUGCUGUAUUAGUCUGCUCAGGCCGCCAGAGCAAAGUACCGUUGACUGGGCAGCUUAAACAACAGAAAUUUAUUUUCUUUCAGUUCUGGAGGCUGAAAGUCCGAGAUCAAGGUGUCAGCAGGUUUGGUUUCUCCUGAGGCCUCUUACCUUGGCUGGCAGACGGCCGCCUUCUUGCUGUGUCUUCACAUGGCUUUUUUCUCUGAAUACAUGCAUCCCUGGUGUCGCUUCCUUUUCUUUUAGGGACAGUAGUCAUGCUGGAUUAGAGCCCAGCCCUUAUGAUCUCAUUUAACCUAAAUUACCUCUUUAAAGGCCCUAUAUUUUAAUAAGUUGCACUGUGGGGUGAGGGCUUCAACAUACGAAUUUGGGGAGGACACAAUUCAGCCCAUAACAGAUGCCCAUGGGAAUUAUUCAGCUGCAUAAUAGUGAUAUCCAGUGCAUCUUAUAGGUAUUUACACUUGAUCUUUGCAACAUAAUCAUACACAGUAUUGUUUUUUAAACUUAUCUUUAAAAGGCUUGUUUACAUUGAUAUCUAUACUAGUGAUUAUGAAGAAUAAGUUAUUAAAUUCAUGUUGUUUCUUUGCUA